UUUCACUCUUUGACAAAUGUCACUUCACAAGUCACAACAGAAUUGUAUUUAUGCAAUUAUUAUUAUACAUGAUGGAUUAAUUUAAAAAAAUGAUAAUUAUAUAAAUUAAGUGAUUUACUUAUAUUUUAUUAUUACUACUUCACAUAUUAUAUUUCAACAUGGAAGCAAAUCUUUCCUUCUUCAAAUUUCCCUUUGUAGAUGCCGAAGCGUCUGAAUUGGAAUUCAAUAAAAUUAAACCGCUAGACGGCUUCGAUGACCUCCAAAGCACUCUACCUUCUCAUGGCGGUCUUUUGGGGAAUGAUGAUGUGUUGGCAGAGUUCCUAACAGCAGAUGGACCUCUGGAAGAACCAGACUUAAACGGCCCUACGACUUUACAUUGUGAAAUAUGUAGUAAAAAGUUUGAUAACGCUAAGAAAUACUAUGGACAUUUAAGAGUUCACUCUAAAGAUAAUCUUUGGAUUUGUGACAAAUGUCCAGAUCAAAAGUUUUCCACAAAACAACAACUUAUGAAACAUGGCCUCACACACAAGCCAAUUGGGUGGGUAUGGAAGUGCCCGCAGUGUACAAUGGCAUUUGAAGCACUUUGGAGGCUACAGCAACAUCUAUUUGCAAAACAUUUAGAUUACAGACCUUAUAAAUGUGAGCAAUGUGAUAAAGCAUUCUACAAACCAUCAGAUCUUAAGAAACAUGUUGAUGUGCAUAAAGGUGUCCGCAACUUUCCUUGUACGAGCUGCAGUAUGCAGUUCCGAGAUAAAUCCAAUCUCAAGCGUCACAUGCUAACUCACACCAAUGAGAAACCAUUCUGUUGUUCUGGAUGUGGCAAUAGAUUUAAACAGUUAGCAUCAAUGACAAGGCACAAACGAUACUGUGCGAUGAAUAAUAGAAAUCAAAACGAGAUUGUUGACAAAACUGUUAGAAAAAAUCAUUGCAGAGUUUGCGGUAUGACGUUUCAGUAUAAAAGUGCGUUACUUGAACAUUGUGUAAGACAACAUACAAAUCCAAGUAAAGAACCUGAGAAUGAAGAGAAAAUUGUAGAUACAAAUGCAGAUGCUAAUAGAACGGUGGAUAAUAUCGUAGAUGAUAUUCUGUCUGCGGAAGAUGACUAUAUAACAUUACCGCACCAAUCUAACUUAGCUUUCAACCAAUAUAUAACAGAUACUAACAAUGAUGAUUACUUAAUGCAAGUGGAGUUUCUUAAAGAAAUAAAUCAAUUACAUUCUUUGGAUGACGAACUACUUUACAACGAUAUCGAUUUAGAUACAUUUCAAAACAACCAAGUAUUCAAUUCUAAUAUUGAUAUAGAUUACCCAACAGAUAGAAAUGAAAUACUAUUUGAUUUUACUGAAUGCGGUAAAAGUAUGGAUCAAGAUAUAAUAUCUGCUCUAUGUCAGGUUAAAAAUGAUUUGCCUGAUGAAUUCUUGAAUGUACCUGAUAUUAAUUUUGAUAGACCUGAAUUGAAGGCUCCGGAAUCUGUUAACGAAUGCGAGAAGAUAUUCGAAAGUGAUGUAGAUUUGGAAGCGAGUACUAAUUUAGCUGCGAAUUUGAAACAACUUAUAGGAGAGAAUAGUGUACAAUAUAUAUCUUCGGAAGAUCAUGAUACAUUUAUUAUAAGUUUAAAUAGUGAAAUAGACGCGGCUCAGUUAACUGACAUGUUGAAUAUAGACGUUGAUAAGACAGAAGAGAAUAAAACAGAACUUGCAAUAGCUCAACCAGUAGAUAAUAUUAAUGUAGAAAAUAAAAUAGAAGUAUUAGAUGAAUUGAAACAAACGGAACCAAUCAAAGUUGAUGAAAUCGUUAAUAUUAAAGAGAAAGAGAAGAAGAAGGUUACAUUUGUAUGUAAAACUUGCAAGAAAACUUUCAAUAAGAAAGAUAAUUACAAAUCACAUAUUGGCACACACAACCCGUCCCUGCGCAGACACAAGUGCGGGGUGUGCGGCGAGCGCUUCAGCUACCGCUCCACGCUCAACAAGCACGUGUCGGCGGCGCACGAGCCGCGCGUGCUCGCCGCGCACCGCUGCCCGCGCUGCCCCGCCCUCUACCGCGCGCACUGGCUGCUAAAGAACCACAUCGAGCGCGAUCAUGAGCGACUGACGCCGUACGAGUGCGAGCACGAGCACUGCGGCAGGAAGUUCUACAAGAAGACGGACCUUGAAGUACACAAAAGAUAUCACAGCGGGGAGCGGCCGUACUCGUGCGCGGCGUGCGGCAGCGCCUUCCAGCAGCUGUCGCAUCUCAGGCGGCACGCGCGCACUCUGCAUAAUGGAACGAAAAAAGCCGUAUAAAGAUAUCGACGUCACGUAUUCUUAACCACGUAUUAAAUGAUGCUGGGAAUCAAAAGAGAAUACUGUUAUAAUUACGUUUAUUUUUUGCUGUUAAUAUAAAUAUUUAAAUCCGAUAAUUAAUAGAUAAAGUGUUCCCUUGCAUUUUAUUUGCGCAGAGAAAAACGAAGCACGUAUAAAUGUAAAACCGCAGACUUUAACACCUCCUACAAAAAGUCUAUUUCAUUUAUUAAUUAAAAAAAAUGUAGAACGUGAAAUUAAACGAUUUUUUUUUGUUAAA